CAUAUGGCAUGAAGUCACAAAGGAGAUCGCACCGCCCGUUCUUCAGGACAUCCAGAACCAUGAAAAAGUAAAGAACUAAGAAUCAAGAAGCCCUGACAAUGGAAAUGGAAUUGCUGCUGGCUCUGAUCUUCCUGUCCAUGACUGUCCACAGCAUAAACAGUAAUAAUUUCACAUUGGAGAAAAAUGAAUCUUCUAGUCUAGUCCCAAGGACGUUUCGCUUAUAUCAUGAAAGAAAAGAGGAUCACCAGCUUGAUGAAAAAUCAAUGACUAUAUUAAAUGGUGCCUCUGAUAAUACAUCAGAUCACAGGAUCCUAAAACCUUCCUCAGGACAUAGAAACAAAGAUCCUUCAUCAAGACGAAGAAACACAGACCCUUCAUCAGGACGAAGAAACACAGACCAUUCCUCAGGACGAAGAAACACAGACCCUUCAUCAGGACGAAGAAACACAGACCCUUCAUCGGGACAAAGAACCUCAGAUCCUUCAUCAGGACAAAGAACCUCAGACCCUUCAUCAGGACAAAGAACCUCAGACCCUUCAUCAGGACAAAGAACCUCAGACCCUUCAUCAGGACAAAGAACCUCAGACCCUUCAUCAGGACAAAGAACCUCAGACCCUUCAUCAGUAGAAAAAGCUUCAGAUCCUUCUUCAGGACACAGAGCAGCAAAGCAUUCACCAGGUCAUGACAUCUCUAAGCCUAUAUCAAAUUAUAGCCACAACACCGAGCCAAACAAGUCUAAUUUGAUGGUCAACAACUCUACUUUGUUAUACUUCAGAAGCUCUAUCAGUACAAAGCUAAUUCCAGCCAUAUACAUAAUAGUCAUUCUUAUUGGGAUACCAGCUAAUGCAAUCAUCCUAAAAAUGCUCUUCUCUAGAGACAGAACUGUCUGCACUGCCAUAUUCUACACCAACCUUGCCAUCACUGACUUGCUUUUCUGCCUCAUGCUACCAUUUAAAGCUGCAUACCACCUGAAUGGCAACAACUGGAUAUUUGGAGAAGCUAUGUGCCGCAUCAUGACUAUUUUUUUCUAUGGAAACAUGUAUUGCUCAAUCCUUCUCCUCAUGUCCAUCAGUAUUAGCCGCUACAUUGCUAUAGUCCACCCUUUCAUAUACAGGAGCUUACCAAAACGGACCUGUGCCAUUCUCCUGUGUGCCCUUGUGUGGAUCACGGUCCUAACAUUCAUGAUACCGUUCCUCAUCAAUAAGCAGACCUACGACUUAAGGAAGCCACCUAUUGUCACCUGCAAUGACAUCUAUGAAAUCUCCGCUGAUGCCUUUCAAUUCACUUAUUUCAUAUCGCUUGCUGUAUUUGGAUACCUCAUUCCGUUCUCGGUGAUCACAUUCUGUUAUGUUUCGAUCAUAAGGACCUUGGGAACCCAUAACCAGAAAUGGUAUCUGUACCUCAAAAUAACUAUCCUGCUUCUGAUUAUAUUCACCCUAUGCUUCACUCCAAGUAACAUCAUCUUGAUUAUACACCAAGUCCGAUACCAUUACACCAAAAUGGAUGACAUGUAUGGGAGUUACCUAAUUGCUUUAUGUUUCAGCAGUCUGAACAGUUGUCUGGAUCCUUUCCUUUAUUUUCUUAUGUCUGAAAUCACCAAGCCUUCCAACAAAUACGCUAAAAUUAAUAAGGUGCCUAAAGAAACUGACAUGAAGUUGCUCGCUUCGUAACUGCUAGGGUCAGCGUGAUCAUAUCUGGUAACCAUUAUUAUUGUGCCACCUGCUGGACGGUCAUGGAUUUUAUGAACGCAAAAGGAUUAAUGUUGCAAUACAAGAAAGCUGCUUAAAAUGUGAAACUUGUGAAUACAGACAAAUCUGGUUAUACAAUGAGAAAAUGACACACUGACGUAUUUUGGGGCUUCAUAGCACUUUACAUGGCUCAGCCAUUGGACAUUAAGGGACUGAGUGUUGCAGUAUGUUACAUCCGGAGAGGUAUACAUUAAUGCAUACAUUCUGCUCUGUGUUGCGUUUCUGCUUCCAUUUUGAAUAGUUACAUAAAUAAUAUGGGGAAAUUUUAAAAGAUAUACACAGUCAAAAGUUAAGUUAAAUGUUCUGUGAAAGUAUCCUACCUUGUAUGCAUCUGACUGUAUGGGAAUAUAUUUUACAAAGAGUUUCUAAAAUUGGCUACAGUUUGGAACGGUGAUUGUGGGGGAAGAGUAAAGCCCCCUUUACAGGCGCUCACUUUGGAGGCAAUUAUCAGGAAUGAACCGUUUGUUCCUGAUAAUUGCCUUCUUGCCAGAGGAGGUGAAAGCGGCAUUUACAGGCAGCAAUCAUCUCCUUUGUAUGGGGAUGAGUGAUGGUUACUGUGAUUGCUCGUCCCCAUACAGAUUGAUUGUUUCAAGGCAGCAAAACACGGUUUACACAGGACAAUCUGCUGCUUUGAAGCGAUGAUUUAGGGUGCUGCAUCAUUGAGGCUCUUACCCAAUGAGUGAGCGUUCGCUCAUUAAUCGGGUGAUCGGUGACACCUUCACACGUGCCAAUAAUGUAGAAGGAGCAUUCGUACAAAUGCUUGUUUGCCAUAAUCCGCCCUUGUAAAGGUGCCUUUAGGUGGAUGGGAUAGCGUGAUGCGGUUCAUCUGCAGAUUUAUUUGCCCAUGUACAAUACAGGCAACCAUGAGCUACCCAAAGUGCCAUAGACACAGACACUCCACCUAAACAAUAACCGGGAGGGGGCACAACGUUACCAGCUGCCCAUUCUUUUCUAAUUAUUGGUAGGAUUAUGGGUGCUUCUUUUAUUGCAGAGGUACAAGGUACAUUUUUUGUUUCAUGUACCAAACUUAACAAACGCAAAGGGGGUUCCUGGGUUUAUAAAAUUGAUGGACUAUGCUUUAGACAGGCCAUCACUACCAGAUCAGAGCCUCUUUAGUGCAUGCUCUCUACUUAGUAUUGGCUGGGAAGGGUAUUGUACUUUAUCCAAUGCACAUGAAUGGCACUGCGGCAAUUGCCAGUAAGUAGACAAUGAAGAGACAGUAGUACUUGACCAGUCACUGUGGUCCCUUCAACCAGACAAUGGUCAGGCUGUGUCCAUUCGGACCAUGUACAGUCUGAUACUGAUGGCCCAUCCAAAUCAGAGGCCAUGCGUAUUAUGAAUUGGAAACCCUUUUAAAAUUAUGUCCAGCUGCUCAAAAUUAACAAAAAUUUUAUUUAUUUUAGGAUAUGCAAAAUAAUAGGGCAUUUUCAUUUGUAGUUCCUGGGACCAUCCCUGAAGGUUGUGCACUGAGAGACUGCAGGUCAGUAGACCCAGUGCAUUCAACAUUAUUUAGUAACCUCUGUGCAUGUCACAGACCUACCGCCCAACUUUUUAGAUGGUCAAAGAGGGACACUUAUGGUUCAUUGUGUGAAAGUUCAUUUUUCUUGUAAAUUUACACACUUCAAUAGUUGGGUAAGGUCAAAUAUACAGAUAGCAACCAGACAAACACUUUCUUGAUCAAUAUUGAAAAUGUAACAAUGCAAAUCUGUACCUCAGAUCUAAAAGAGGGACAUUUAAGGAGAAAAGAGGGACAGAGGGUCCAAAAGACGGAAACUUGGGAGGUUAGCACAGAGCCUAGUCAGUAGGUCAAUUUCUCUCUGGAGAUACUUUUGUCGUAGCUUGGCCAAGAUGGCUGCCCUCAUAGAAAUGUGUAGAAUAUAAUAUAGAAUUGGAAAAUACAAUAGCAAAAAUAAAAGUUUAGACAUUCCCUUUAAAAGUUUCUUAUCACAUCCAUAACUGAGGUUUCAAUAUACUAUGAGUGAGCAGAUGGAAAGGUUAAGAAAUACAUCCGUUUGCAUUGUUGCAAUCUGUUGAGAGGCGUACAGCGACAAGAAAAGGCACGCUCAACUUAUCGACACCGAAUUCCUGAAUCAUGAGCACCACAUGCUAAAAAAAUAAGUAAAAUAAGAAAAAUGUAGGUAAAAUUUAAGAAUACCUAGGAUAAACAAAUGUCUACCCUAAGAUAAGAUGUAAGGGCAGACUAUAUGGACCAGGGGUCUUAUUCUGCCUCAUCCCUUCCAACCUGAUAACAAAUGGGUCACCUAUUUUACCUCAAAUCCUUUUUAUUUACUUAUUUUAUAUAUGUGUCAGUAGUGUGAUUUAGCAUUAUGUGACUGUAACUAUAUUCAUAAACCCUUAUAUCUACUUUAAUAACUGUUUUAUAUUGGAAUAAAUCUGUAUUUAUAACUAUA